AUGAACUGGGAUCUGUUCGAACGGCUCCUCAGUGGGGUCAACAAGUAUUCCACAGCCUUCGGCCGCAUCUGGCUCUCCCUUGUCUUCAUCUUCCGCCUGCUGGUCUACGUGGUGGCGGCCGAGCGGGUCUGGAGCGACGACCACAAGGACUUUGACUGCAACACGCGGCAGCCGGGCUGCACCAACGUCUGCUUCGACCACUUCUUCCCUGUCUCCCACAUCCGCCUCUGGGCCCUGCAGCUCAUCCUGGUGACCUGUCCAUCCCUCCUGGUCAUCAUGCACGUGGCCUACCGGGAGGCCAAGGAGCAGAGGCACCGCGCCGCCGGCGGGGACAACGGCCGCCGCAUCUACCCCAACCCCGGCAAGAAGCACGGCGGGCUGUGGUGGACGUACAUGCUCAGCCUUGUCUUCAAGGCCGGCGUGGACAUAGUCUUCCUCUACAUCUUCUACCACUUGUACAGGAACUACACCCUGCCCCGGCUGGUGAAGUGCGAACUGUCCCCCUGCCCCAACAUGGUGGACUGCUUCAUCUCCCGGCCCACAGAGAAGAACAUCUUCACCCUCUUCAUGGUGGUCACCACCUGCGUCUGUAUCUUGCUGAGCCUCAUUGAGGCCACCUACCUCAUCGGCAAACGGUGCCGUGAGUGCGUCCUAGCCGGCAGUGGGGAGAGCCGCCGGCAUAGCCAGGACUGCUCACUGUCCAGCGCCGAGCCCACAGGCAUGGAGGGGCAGGUUUUCCAUGGGGGGGACUACAAACCCCCCACAGCCUCCAUCCCCCCCACGGCCGCCAGCCCUGACACGCCGCCCGAGGAGGAGACUGUUCCCUAGAGCUUCCUUUGGGCAGCUCUAGGAGCCGCUCACCU